AAGUCGCGCGGUGAGCUCCGCACUGUGACGUCACCCUCACGGAGACCCCCGCGAGAUGAGACCGGAGGGUGGGAGGUGCCAGACGCCGCUUCACACCGCCCGCGGCUUCUGUGAGGAAAGCGGCUGCUAAUCUACGGUUGGUCUGGCUGCUACGACCACCACCAUGAGCGGCCUGAAUGGGGCCGAGGGGGCCCCUCUCCUCCAGCCCUGCAGCCCCGAUGCUCCCGACGGUGCCACCGGACCCCCCGACCCACACCAGGGCCCGAAGCUCCGUGAGGAAACCGAGGCGGCACAGGUGAUGGCGGAGUCGGGGGAGGGAAGCUUGGAGGCCGUCGCGCCCCCACGGGCCCAGCUUCCAGAGGAGGAGGGAGCCUCGCACGACCCUGCGGCCUGCGGCCAUGCCCCCCAGUUCGGAGUCGGUGGAGGUCGCAGUUUCGGGGCGCCUGAAGCGGAGCUAGAACAGGCUCCGCCCCCCGCCGGGGCCCCGGUGGCCGAGUCUGUGGCCAUGGCAACCGACCGCGGCCUGAACAAUGGCUGUCGGCCUGGCGAGCUGCGCGGCGCCGGCGCGGAGAGGCCGGAGGCUGAGGUGGUGGCCGAGGCGAAGGCCGCGGAUGAGGCGAUGGUGGAAAAGGAAGGAAAGGAGGAGGAGAGAGUAAUGGAGCAGGAGGUGGAGGUAGAGGAGAAGCCAGUAGGCGAAGAAGUAGAAAUGGCGGAGGCGAACGGAGCGGUGGCGGUGGCGGAGGCGGAGGCAAACAGAGCGGUGGCGGUGGUGAUGGAGGGGGCACGGCGCCGGCCCCUGAACGUGAAUUUCCGCGUGAACCUCCGCAUGAACCCCCUGGAGGCCAUCCAGCAGGAACUGGACACGGUGAAUGCCCAGGCUGACCGGGCCUUCCAGCAGCUGGAGCAGAAGUUCGGGCGGAUGCGCCGGCACUACCUGGAGCGGCGGAACUACAUCAUUCAGAAUAUCCCGGGCUUCUGGGUCACCGCCUUUCGGAACCACCCCCAGUUGGCCCCCAUGAUCAGGGGCCAGGAUGCCGAGAUGUUAAGAUACAUCACCCAUUUGGAAGUGAAGGAAUUCAGACACCCGAAAACUGGCUGCAAGUUCAAGUUCUUCUUCCGAAGAAACCCCUUCUUCAGAAACAAGCUGAUCGUCAAGGAGUACGAGGUCAAAGCUUCCGGCCGCGUAGUGUCUCUCUCCACUCCCAUCGUGUGGCGUCGGGGUCAUGAACCCCAGUCCUUCAUUCGCAGAAACCAGGACGUCGUCUGCAAUUUCUUCACCUGGUUUUCAGACCACAGCCUGCCAGAGUCUGACAAGAUUGCCGAGAUCAUCAAAGAGGACCUGUGGCCAAACCCUCUGCAGUACUACCUGCUGCAGGAAGGAGUCCGUAGAGCCAGACGUCGCCCCAUAAGGGAACCAGUGGAGAUCCCCAGGCCGUUUGGGUUCCAGUCUGGUUAAACUUUGUCCUUGGGACUACCUCUGCACAAGGUCCCCUGACUGCUUGCUGAAACCUGUGCUGCAGCAACGGAAAGGGGUAUACCUUCUACUGUUUUUUCCCCUGACAUUUCUAAGACCUUUUUCCUCUGGACGUUUGUUUACUCAACCGCAAGAUUGAGACCUUCAUGGCCAUGCUUCUCCACUUCUACACAGCCUGACUUUUCCACUGAUAUGCAACCUUCAUGCUGUUCUGCAUUUCUGUCACAUUCUGCAAGGCCAGGACUCAGGCUACUGCUGAGCCAAGUAAAUAUGCUGUAAAUUUCACUGCCUCUUUCUGCACUGCUUGGACUCUUUGUUUCCAGGGCCUCUGGUGUGGUGGUUCUUACCACCUGGGAUUCUAGCUUUGUCUAGAGGCCUGUUCUACCCACUCUGCUCUGCAGGGCAGGCAUAUAGCCUGUGGACUUUUGCAGAAAAUAAAGCAACCAGAGACACUGGAGAGCAGCAGUGGGCCACUUGGUCUUUGUGACUUAUGUGACUCCAUUGCUCCCCUUGCACCUCUGGUUGUGCCCACUCCUCUUAGCCUGCUGCCUACUGAUGAACAUCUUCCAGACCAUUGUCAGCUCCUCUGAUUUCUGGUGAACCAGAAUCUCCAGAACUGGUGGUGGACAUAAGUUUCCUGCUAGCACAAAUUUCCUUUCCAGCCUUUCCAUUCCUCUACCCAAAAGGCAUCUCAGUUCCUCACCCCAUCUUCCCUUGAUCCCCAUCAUCCAGUAGCCCUACUUCAGGGAAGUGGUUGAGGUGACAGUUUAGAUCUUGUCCCCCUCAUGACAAGUAUAAGGAUGGUGUCCAGGUUUUCUCAGCAUCAACUAGGCAAUUCACACAAAACUUAGGUACCUCUUUGUACCUUCUUUCCUCAUCCUGAAGUAAUUGUCAGGAUAGCAGUACACUUUCUCUCUGUGUGUCCCUUAUCUCAAA